CAACCCAUUUCCAUUUCCCACCACCCACUUCUUGUAACAGUAAAAAAAUGAAAUCUUUUUAGUGAGCGAAGCUGAAGCUCAGAGCUUUACACACAGGCAAAACCGAAACCACUCCGUUUUGCUUGAAUUCAAUCCCAUUCUCUCUCUCUCUCUCUCUCUAGAAAUGGAGCGCGCGAGGAAGCUAGCCAACCGUGCCAUCCUCCGCCGCCUCGUCUCCGAAUCGAAGCAGCAGCCAUUGCACAACCAAUCCUCGCGCUACGCCUCCUCCCUCUCCCCCAGCGUCGUGCAGGGCCGGAGCGCCGCCAAUGCCUCCGCCGCCAACCACCGCUUCUACUCUCGAAACCUCGCCCAAUUCGUCGGCACCCGCUCCAUCUCCGUCGACGCCCUCAAGCCCAGCGACACCUUCCCGCGCCGCCACAACUCCGCCACGCCGGAGGACCAGUCCAAGAUGGCGGAGUUCGUCGGCUUCGAAACCCUAGAUUCCCUAAUCGACGCCACCGUCCCCAAAUCCAUCCGCGCGGGCGACAUGAAGUUUUCAAUCUUCGACGAGGGCUUGACGGAGGCGCAGAUGAUCGAGCACAUGAAGGAUUUAGCUUCGAAAAACAAGGUUUUCAAGUCGUUUAUUGGGAUGGGGUAUUACAACACAUUUGUGCCUCCUGUGAUUCUGAGGAAUAUAAUGGAGAAUCCGGCUUGGUAUACUCAAUACACCCCUUACCAAGCUGAGAUUUCUCAAGGGAGGCUCGAAUCGUUGUUGAAUUAUCAAACCAUGGUUACAGAUCUCACCGGCUUGCCCAUGUCGAACGCCUCCCUCCUCGAUGAAGGGACCGCGGCCGCAGAGGCAAUGGCGAUGUGCAACAACAUCUUGAAGGGGAAGAAGAAGACCUUUGUGAUUGCCAGCAACUGCCACCCUCAGACAAUCGAUGUUUGCAAGACGAGGGCCGAUGGAUUCGAUCUGAAAGUUGUUGUCUCGGAUGUGAAGGACAUUGAUUACAGCUCCGGUGAUGUCUGUGGCGUGCUCGUGCAGUAUCCGGGGACGGAGGGGGAGGUUCUCGACUACGGGGAGUUCGUCAAGAAGGCUCACGCUAAUGGUGUGAAGGUUGUGAUGGCCUCUGAUUUGCUGGCCUUGACAAUGCUGAAGCCACCGGGCGAGUUUGGGGCCGAUAUUGUGGUGGGGUCGGCUCAGAGGUUUGGGGUUCCGAUGGGGUAUGGCGGCCCCCACGCUGCGUUCUUGGCUACCUCGCAGGAGUACAAGAGGAUGAUGCCCGGGAGGAUCAUUGGUGUCAGUGUUGAUUCGUCCGGGAAGCCUGCUCUUCGGAUGGCUAUGCAGACGAGGGAGCAGCAUAUCCGCCGUGACAAGGCCACUAGCAACAUCUGCACUGCUCAAGCUUUGCUGGCCAACAUGGCUGCCAUGUAUGCCGUCUAUCAUGGACCGGAAGGCCUUAAGAGUAUUGCUCAACGGGUGCAUGGUUUGGCUGCAACUUUUGCCGCUGGAUUGAAAAAGCUCGGGACUGUAGAAGUUCAGAGCCUUCCGUUCUUUGACACGGUGAAGGUCAAAUGUGGAGAUGCAAAGGCGAUUGCUGAUGCUGCUUACAAGAAUGAAAUAAAUUUGAGGGUUGUCGACGAGAACACUAUAACCGUUGCUUUUGAUGAAACAACUACAUUGGAAGAUGUGGACAAGUUGUUUUCCGUCUUUGCAUCUGGCAAGCCUGUACCAUUCACUGCUGAAUCUCUUGCAUCAGAGGUUCAGAACUUGAUUCCUGCAGGACUUGUGAGGCAGAGCCCGUUUCUAACGAACCAAAUAUUCAACUCGUACCACACUGAGCAUGAACUUCUUCGAUACAUCCACAAACUUCAGUCGAAGGAUCUCUCUUUGUGCCAUAGCAUGAUUCCCUUGGGAUCGUGCACGAUGAAACUGAAUGCAACGACAGAAAUGAUGCCGGUGACGUGGCCUGCCUUCACGGACAUUCACCCUUUUGCCCCCACGGAACAGGCUGCUGGUUACCAGGAAAUGUUCAAUAAUUUGGGUGACCUAUUGUGUACGAUCACUGGCUUCGAUUCUUUCUCUCUACAACCCAAUGCCGGUGCAGCUGGAGAAUAUGCUGGACUCAUGGUUAUUCGAGCAUAUCACAGGUCGAGAGGAGACCACCACCGCGAUGUAUGCAUCAUUCCAGUCUCGGCACAUGGAACGAACCCUGCAAGCGCGGCCAUGUGUGGGAUGAAAAUUGUGGCUGUUGGAACUGAUUCGAAGGGAAACAUCAACAUUGAAGAGUUGCGGAAGGCUGCGGAGACGAACAAGAACAACUUGGCUGCUCUUAUGGUCACAUAUCCUUCGACCCAUGGAGUUUACGAGGAAGGCAUUGACGAGAUCUGCAAAAUAAUCCACGACAAUGGCGGACAAGUUUAUAUGGAUGGAGCCAACAUGAACGCUCAGGUUGGUUUGACUAGCCCGGGUUUCAUUGGUGCUGAUGUUUGUCAUCUCAAUCUCCACAAAACGUUCUGUAUUCCCCACGGUGGAGGCGGACCUGGUAUGGGGCCUAUUGGGGUGAAGAAACACCUAGCGCCGUUCCUACCUUCGCAUCCAGUGAUAGCCACCGGAGGCAUACCAGAACCCGAGCAAUCUCAACCACUCGGUACUAUCUCUGCUGCGCCAUGGGGCUCCGCUCUCAUUUUACCUAUAUCGUACACCUACAUUGCCAUGAUGGGAUCGAAGGGAUUAACUGAUGCAUCAAAGAUUGCCAUCUUGAACGCAAACUACAUGGCCAAGCGUUUGGAGAAGGAUUUCCCCGUUCUUUUCCGCGGUGUGAAUGGAACGUGCGCCCACGAGUUCAUCAUCGAUUUGAGAGGCUUUAAGAACACCGCUGGGAUCGAGCCCGAGGAUGUUGCCAAACGUCUAAUGGACUACGGAUUCCACGCUCCCACAAUGUCGUGGCCUGUUCCUGGCACACUCAUGAUUGAGCCCACUGAAAGUGAAAGCAAGGCUGAGCUAGACAGGUUCUGCGAUGCUCUCAUCUCUAUCCGGGAAGAGAUCUCUAUGAUCGAGAAAGGAAAAGCCGACAUCAACAACAAUGUGCUCAAGAGCGCUCCACACCCGCCCUCGUUGCUCAUGGCCGACGUCUGGACUAAACCAUACUCACGAGAAUAUGCAGCCUUCCCCGCUGCAUGGCUCAAGAAUGCCAAGUUCUGGCCAACCACAGGGCGUGUCGACAACGUGUAUGGAGACCGGAACCUUAUCUGCACCCUCCUCCCGGUGUCACAGAUGGCGGAGGAGGCGGCCGCCGCGACUGCUUAAGGCUGCAAGGUUCCUUUUAGAAAAUUGCAACACCACAACCAUCUCUGCUUUAUGUUCUUGUACAUAAACAAUAUUUAUGUUCAAGUUGUACUUUUGUUUUUAUACAUGCUUCUGUUUUAAUCAGUAAUAGCCAUUGUUGCUCAUUGCAACUCUGUCUCAUGCUGUAAUUACUUCUUUUCUUAAUUCUGCAUUUACUUACUUCAAUUAA